AUGGAAACGGAGAUGGAGGCGCAGAGCGCGGGGGCCGAGGACGGCUUCACCCAAGUCACCCGCAAGGGUGGCCGGCGGGCGAAGAAACGGCAGGCUGAGCAGCUGUCCGCCGCGGGGGACGGCGGGGACGCGGGCCGCAUGGACACGGAGGAGGCCCGGCCCGCGAAGAGGCCCGUUUUCCCUCCCCUCGCCGGGGAUGGAUUCCUGGUACUAGCGGGGACCGUGGGACGGGAAAGGGACCGGAGACAAAGGUGGGCCAAGCCGAGUGGGAAAGAAGAAACAAGGAAAAUUCCAGUCCCAGCUAACAGAUACACGCCAUUAAAAGAGAACUGGAUGAAGAUAUUUACUCCUAUUGUAGAACAUUUGGGACUUCAGAUACGGUUUAACUUGAAGUCGAGGAAUGUAGAAAUUAGGACUUGUAAAGAAACCAAGGAUGUUAGUGCACUGACAAAAGCAGCUGAUUUUGUGAAAGCCUUUAUUCUUGGGUUUCAGGUGGAGGAUGCACUUGCCCUCAUUAGGUUGGAUGAUCUCUUCCUAGAGUCUUUUGAAAUUACAGAUGUGAAACCCCUAAAGGGAGACCACCUGUCAAGGGCAAUAGGAAGAAUCGCUGGCAAAGGAGGAAAAACCAAAUUCACCAUAGAGAACGUGACACGGACACGGAUAGUUUUGGCUGAUGUGUAA